AUGUUCUACCAAAACGGAAGAUUGAUUCAAGAUCCCGAAGACAACCCUCGAACCACAAACUGGGUGAACAUUUUCUUCAACGCUCGCGAUUACAGAUGCGACGACCUCGCCAUCAUGCGCACAGUCAUUACCUGCAUUCGCACAAGAGUCGUUAGCAUCACUGGCCAUGCCAUGCACUACGAUAUCCCGCUCUGCAUCUCGAUCCCGGUGCCCGGAGAACAGGGUGAAAAGGAGUCGAUCCUUGCUGCGGCGGAACUCUCGGCGGAGAUUCUUCGAGUGCAGGUUGCGAGGGGCUCUGUUUAUCUUAAUCGGUCUUUACUUUUUCGGAGAUAG